AUGAGACGAACGCUGGAGGGUCUCCAAAGCCCUGGUGUUCAAAUAGCCUGUGAAGAAAACCUUGCCGAUCUGGAGUACGCAGACGACAUCGUUCUCAACUUCGAAGAGGAGGAGAAGGCGCAAGUAUUCUUGGAUGAACUGGCCAAAGCCAUCCCGUCCUUUGACACAAAAGGAGAAGAAAACCUCUCCAUUCUUAGACGGGUUCUACUCACCUAUAUUUGGGAACAUCUGGAAGAUGGCUACACCCAAGGAAUGUGCGAUCUUAUCGCACCCAUUCUGGCCCUACUCCGGUUGAACAACGAACUUGCGGACAACAUCGAGUGGACCACUUAUGCCUAUUUUUCCCAUCACCUGAAGCUACGUUUGAGUAAACUGUUCACGUUUGCGGACAGCAACACACAGAUGGACCAGAACUUCGCCAGUCUGAAAGCCUUGGUUCAGGCAAAGUUUAACUACGAAGAUAUAUUCCGCGUCUGGGAGGCCCUGUUUGCUGCGAUGCAUCACAUUUCUGACAGAUUCGAAUUGUUUAUCGCACUGGCCCUUAUUCACCUCUACCGAGAUGUGAUCAUACACAACCGAAUGGAAUUUACAGAUGUUUUGAAAUUCUUUAACGAGCGGGCGGAACGCCACGAGGUUGGUCGCAUUCUAGAUCUUGCCAGCCAGUUUGUUUCAAAGACCCAAGAACUAACGCAGGUACUUCAGUGCUGCGAUAAUUGCGCUGAAAGUGAUGAGCAACUGAUCAACAAAUGA